AGGAGACUCGCGGAGCAGCCGGCCCGGAGCUUGCGUUCACAGGGGGAGAUGUGCAACCCGGCGGCGGGGGAUGCUGGAGCAGCAUGAAUGCCCAUGGAAGCCAUGCCGCCGGCGGAACGGACACCGGGGCCGGGGAUAACAACGGCAGUGCGAUCCCUGGAGCUUCUCCCGGCCGGACGGGGGACACGGACCCCGGGGUAAAUAACGUGCACUGCAGGAGGAAGGAUCCCGGCUGCGUGAAGAGCGACUCCUGGAGCUCCGAGCUCCCUCGCCCUUCGAGCAUCGAUGAGAGGUGCAGCAGCCCCCACGACCCGGCCAGUACCGGACCUCCUACCUCCAGCUCCCGCUUCAUGGUGGCCGCGGUGUCGGGGCUGCUGCUCGUGUCUCUACUACACCUGUGUCAGGGCUCCCUGCUGCCCUCCGCCCCGGAUCUGUGCCUCACCGUGCUGCUCCUGCGCUGCUUCAUGUACCUGGUCUGUGCCCUGUGCGCCCUCACCCUGGGCUCCCUGCUCGCCCUCCAAGCCAGCGGGCGCCCCGCCGCUCCUCCCGACUUCACCCGAGCCAGGACCGUCCACAGCAGCCGGAUUGUGCCGUCUACACAUGAACCCAGCCAGCCACGAAGAGUGGUGAUUUCCCACAACAUGGACAAAGCUCUCAAAGAAGUGUUUGACUACAGCUACAGAGACUAUAUUCUGUCAUGGUACGGGGAUCUCGGUAAAGAUGAGGGUCAGCUGUAUCACCUUCUCUCUGAAGACUUCUGGGAGCUGGCCAGACAGUUGCGGAGCCGUCUUGCCCACGUUGAUAUCGUUAAAGUUGUCUGCAAUGACGUGGUGAAAAAUCUUCUCACUCAUUUCUGUGACCUGAAAGCGGCAAACACUAGACAGGAUGAACAACCAAGACCCUUUGCCCUUCACUCCUGCUUAAAAAACGCAGAGGACGAGCUCCGAUUCCUGCAGACCUGCGCCCAGGUGUUAGUGCUUUGCCUGCUUCCGACACGCGAUUCCCAGUCUCCUAGCCUGCGCAUCGUACUCACCGAGAUACUCGCAACUAAAGUGCUGAAACCUCUGGUGGAGCAGCUGAGUGAUCCGGAUUACAUUAAUCAGAUGCUGCUCAGCCAGCUGGAAUACAGAGAACAGGUGAAUGAGCGUCACAAGAAGGCCUAUACCUACGCCCCGUCUUACGAGGAGUUCAUCAAGCUCAUCACUAACAGUUCCGACAUUGAGUUCCUCAAACAGCUAAGGUACCAGAUUGUAGUCGAAAUAAUUCAAGCAACUACGAUUGGAACCUUUCCACAGAUGAAAAAGCAAAAAGACCCCAAAGGCAAAGAGACUGCAGCGAUGAAAGCGGACCUCCUGAGGGCUCGUAAUAUGAAAAGGUAUAUAAAUCAGCUGACCGUGGCCAAAAAGCAGUGUGAAAAACGGAUCAGGCUUCUGGGAGGACCAGCGUAUGACCAGGACGAUGGAGCGUCUGAUGAUGGAGAAUGUCCCCAAAGCCAAAAGAUCCUUCAGUUUGAUGAUAUUUUGGCAAACCUAGCUUUUAGAGAUCAAUUCAAAACCUACAUGGAAAAAAUUGACAAGAGUGCUUUGAUCAACUUUUGGGAAUCCGUGGAGUACUUGAAGAAUGCAAAUAAGGCUGAAAUACCUCAAUUAGUUGGUGAGAUUUACCAGAAUUUCUUUGUGGAGAGUAAAGACAUCCCUGUAGAGAAAGCACUUUACAAAGAAAUCCAGCAGAGUCUCGUGGGCAACAAGGGCAUUGAAGUAUUCAACAAGAUCCAGGCGGAUGUGUACGAGACACUAAAGGACAGGUUCUACCCUUCCUUCAUCGUCAGCGAUUUGUACGACCAACUGAUUCGGAAAGAAGACGUAUCCUCUUUCGUGUGUCUGACUGAUGACAAGGAUGAAGCUAUGCAGGCGUGUGAGGGUGUUGACGAAAUCUUGGAUAAAGUCACUAGUGGAAUCACGGAGCAGGCCAGUUACGCUGUUAAUAAACUGCGUCAGCUUACGGAGAAGCUGGAGUAUAAAAGACAAGCUCUGAACUCCAUCAUUAACGCGCCAAAACCAGACAAAAAGAUUGUUUCGAAACUGAAGGAUGAAAUUGCCCUGAUGGAGAAGGAGCAAAGCGAUCUCGACCUACACAUUUCCAGGACGGACUUGUGGUGUGAAAAUCUUGGCUUGUGGCGCGCACUUAUAAACAUCAGCGAGGUUUCAGAAGAGAAUGGGGAGCAGAUGCCGCUGUACUUUGUUUUGGUGAAUUUACCGGACUCUGGAGAUUGUGAAACCAAGAACUGGACGGUCCUGAGGAAGCUGAGUGAAUUCCAGAAUCUGCACAGGAAGCUCAGUGAGUGUUUCCCUUCAUUAAAAAAAGUACAGUUGCCUUCUCUCAGCAAGCUUCCUUUCAAGUCCAUAGACCAGAAAUUCUUAGAAAAAUCAAAGAACCAGUUAAAUCAUUUUUUGCAGAAGCUGCUCUCCGAUGAGAGGCUGUAUCAGAGUGAAGUGCUUUACGCCUUUCUUAGUCCUUCUCCUGAACACCUCAAGGUCAUUGAUGUACAAGGCAAGAAAUCGUCCUUUUCACUCUCUUCAUUUUUGGAAAGACUUCCUGGAGAUUUCUUUUCCCACCAGGAGGAAGAAACCGAAGAGGACAGUGACCUUUCCGACUAUGGAGAUGACGUUGAUGGGAAGAAAGAUGCCUUGGCCGAACCUUGUUUCAUGCUGAUUGUAGAGAUUUUUGAGCUUCGGGGCAUGUUUAAAUGGGUGAGGAAGACUUUGAUUGCACUUGUGCAAAUAACCUUUGGAAGGACCAUUAACAAACAAAUCCGUGACACAGUCAAUUGGAUUUUCAGCGAGCAGAUGCUGGUUUACUAUAUCAAUGUGUUCCGAGAUGCUUUUUGGCCAAAUGGAAAAUUAGCACCUCCGAAAACAUCAAGAACAGAGCUGCAAUGUCAGGAAACAAAACAGAGAGCACAGCAAAAAUUACUUGAAAACAUUCCAGAUGCACUUCAGAAUCUUGUUGGACAGCAGAAUGCUCGUCACGGUAUAAUUAAAAUAUUUAAUGCACUCCAGGAAAACAGGGCCAAUAAGCAUCUCCUGUAUGUGCUGAUGGAACUGCUGGUAGUGGAACUCUGCCCUGAACUAAGGACUCAUUUAGAACAUGUUAAAGUUGGACCAGUUUGUGAUGCAACGAAGUGAAGCACUACUACUGUCUGUGUAAUCAUAGACGUGUAAAUUAUAUUCCUCUUUUCCAGAGGGCUCGCUGAAGACUACUUAUCCCUCACCCAUCUUUCUCGUUAUGUUCCGUCACAUUUCAGGUCGGAAGGGAGCAGUUGCUGUAGUACAUGUAGAAAUAAAAGAAAAAUAAUGCUGCAUUACCCGUUUUAUUUAAAGAAAACAAUUGUUGGUUGACUUUCUCUAGAUUAUGAACUGAAAUGCUAAUGUACUGUACGUUGUCAGAAACGGGAAUACAUUUUAACCUUCUCAGUGCUGAUGGAAACCGUUUGAAUCCUGGAUGGAUGGGAUACCGAAGGCUGUUUGUGAUAGAGACAGCUGAAUGUUGUACCAUCUUCUCAUCGAGGAUAUGUAACAUUCCUUUAUUUUCCCCUGUGUUUUGAAGAAUGUUUUGUGCAAUAUUUUCUGUAAUGAUAUUGUGAAUAUUUUAUUCUUUAUUGCUUUUAUUUUUACCAAAGACCGACCGUUAUUUAAAAUAUUUGUAAGCAAUAAAUAAAAAAAACCAAAAAAA